GCCCGACUACAACAUGAAGUCCGACAUCACGGAAACAAAAAUAGCGAUUGAAUGUGAAAAGUAAAGGGAAGCUGACGGCUGAUUGAGUCAAAACGACAAUCAAGAAAAAUGCCAAUUUAUUCACCUCUCCCGCCACCAAUACAGGAACCCCAAUUGCAAAGUAUUUCUGUGUUGAGUCGGCGAGUGUUCAACGCAGCAAAACAUGGUAAGGCCAUAACUUUGGGGGCGCUACUUCACGACAAGUCGCCGGCAAUAACAAAGUUAGUUCUUUCCGAAUUGAUCGAGAAUGACGAUUACAAAUGUACCUCGUUAGUUGCUGCUGCUCGAAACGGGCACAACACUGUGGUGAAAUUGUUACUUGACCAGUAUGGUGUAGACACAGAGCAGACAGGGACAGUUAAAUUCAAUGGGUAUGUCAUUGAGGGCGCUACGGCUCUAUGGAGUGCCGCAGGUGCUGGUCACUACGACGUUGUGCAGUCCUUGGUUCAACACAAAGCGGAUGUGAACCACUCCACAGUGUCAGAUUCCACACCACUGAGGGCAGCAUGCUACGAUGGAAAGUUGGACGUGGUGAAAUGCUUGGUGCAGAAUAACGCCAAUAUUCACAAGCCUAACAAAUAUGGCAACACGUGCAUCAUGAUAGCAAGCUACAAAGGACAUUACGAUGUUGUGACGUACCUUCUGGCUAAUGGGGGAGACGUGAAUGCCCAGGCUAACUGUGGUGCUUCAGCGAUGCAUUUUACGGCCGAGUGUGGUCGGUUGGAAAUAGUGAAGCUUCUUGUGCAACAUGAUGCUAAAAUGCUCAAGAACGAGCACGGACUAACGCCACUCAUGGUCGCCUGUGAUAACGGCAUGGCCGAGGUUGCCGAGUUUCUUAUGUCUUUGCCAGAAGUUUCCAAGACAGAGAAAAUCCAGGCUCUUGAAUUACUGGGAUCAUCCUAUGCAAACGACAAGGAACAUUAUGACAUCGCUAAGACAUAUCAUUAUUUUUACCUGGCUAUGCUGCAUCGAUACCUAGACACGGAAGACAGUAAAGUCAUCAAGGAACCAACUGAACCACAUGCGGCGUACGGCAACCAUAGAGAAUGUGCAACAUUGAAGGAGCUCAAAGAUAUCAAGAAUGAACACUUUUCUCUUCAGAUGGAGGCGUUGAUCAUUCGAGAACGAAUCCUCGGCCAGCAGAAUCCAGAACUUCUCCAUCCGAUCAUCUUCAGAGGGGCGGUAUGUGCAGACAGCAUGCAGUUUGCAAACUGCAUCACACUAUGGAAGCACGCUAUGGACAUCCGGCAGCGGCUGACUCGCUCCAUCCAGAAGGACAUCCUACGCUUCGCUCAAGUCUUCUCGCAGAUGAUCCACAUUGGGGAGGACGUCUCCUUUGUGGACAUUUACCAUAUACUCACAGCUGCGUUGAUGGAGCUUGAAAGCUGGCAGGACAAACUGAAAUCUGCCCAAGAAGAGGUGGAGAUGAAAAUGUUGCAAAGUGUAUUUGAUGCCGACAUUCUCACAACACUCUACAUCUUGAUGGUCAUAUCUAACAGCAACGUUACGAAAACAAAAGAGCAAGAGUAUUUGUAUAAGAAACUUGUGUACCACUUUAUCUCUAUCGACCCAAGAACUUCUAACGGAUCCAGCCCGCUACACAUGGCAGUCAAUCAGCUCACGGUAGUGGAUGAUUUUCACACGAAUAACAUCUGUUAUUUUCCCUGUGUCAAACUCGUGGAGUUGUUUCUUGAAUGCGGUGCAGAUCCUAACAAGACGGACAAUCUUGGCAGUACCCCCCUCCAUGUUGUUGUCCAGUACAAUAAGCCGAUAAGUGACUUCAUGACCCUGCACUCGAUCAUUGUGCUCUUGGCCAAAGGUGGCUGUCAUUUGGAUAGGACUAACCAUGAAGGAAAGACAGCCUGUGAGGUAUCAACGACCAGUGUAGCGGAGAUAAUACUUAUCGCUCACAUCAAACCGUCGCUCAAGUGUAUCGCUGCUAGAACGGUUAAAAAACAUGGAUUGAAAUACAAGGGUUUUGUACCCCAGACACUAGAGAAUUUUAUUGAACUACACUGAAAAUAAUUCAAGCAAUCUUAUAAUGUUCUCAUUUAAAAUUAUGAGCUUUGCUCAUGUGCUCGUUUGCACAAGAUGUAUUUUAUUACCGGAGUGUUAUCCAAACGAGAUACCUUUUAAGGCUCGUAAACAAAAAUAAUCCGUCUUGAUUUAUACACGGUUUAAGGAUGUGAAGUUUAUCUUUGAGAGGCAAGGCCGUAUUAAUUUUGAGGAAACUUUUAGUGGGGCACCAAGACCAAGGCUACAGAGGCCAUGGGAUGGUCUCCUUGGCACUUCAUGUAAUUCAAGAUUAUACUUUCACUCCAAGUUUAAUCUCAACCGUCCCCCAACCCUUUAAAAUUCAACUGUGUACAGUGUGUGUUUUGUUUGAUGCGAGAAAGUUAGAAGAAUGGUGUUUGGUUUCGGGGGUACAUGUACGUUACGGCGUGAGAAACCCAAAAUUGUUUUGGUUGAAUUGGCCAAAAUAUUAAGUUAAGAGCAAGCCCUGUUUUUACAAGCAUUAAUGUUGUAAGAGGCAGCCAAAAAGAAAAAACACAAAGCAGAAAUAAGAUUUUAGGACAAGUCAGAAUGUACUCUUUAUACAAGCAGAACCUCUUUAAAUUAUAACAACAGUUGUCUUUAUAACAAGCGUGACAGUAUACAGGUAAAGGCACCUCCAUCCCCAAAGUGGUGGCUACAUCUUGAUGGGAUCGGUUAAACAUGUUCACUUUAUACACGUAUUUCCUCAACAGGCUUCUACGUAUUCUAUGUAAGUCUGACUAUUUUUGAGAACAGCACAAAAAGAGGGAUUCUCUUCACUAGUAGUGAGCCAUUCACUAUGCUGAUUUUAUUCGCAAAAAUAAAAAUGUAUUAUUUAAAUUACAAAUUAUAGUUUCAGUUUAUGACUAAUUGACAACCAAUACACAAUGCCUCCAAACUUAGUACACACUACAAAGUUAUAUUGCGCUGUUUUAAUUUGAAGUACUGCAACAGCAAGAAGGCAUUUUUCUUUAGUCUUUAAAAUCUCACAAUUUAUACUCAUUUAUUCUUGAACUCUAUCUGAUUUUGGUUUCCCCUUACAUAUACACAGAUCAUGAGAUGUGUGACUGGACUGUGAUAAUAAGUGCUUUCCGAGUCAUGUGAAAACAUGGGUGGGAUUCGAACCCACAAAAUCUGCACUCUUCUCAGUUCUCAUGAUAAUCAUGACCAAAAAGUGCAUUUAAAAUUUCUGAAACUUUGUCUGCAAUAAUUUUUAUGUCAUAUUAGGCCCUGUAUGCUUUGUUUAAAAUCUUACUUGAAUACUUCAUGUGUUUUCAUCACUAAUUAAAUAACCUAUAAGCAAAGUGAUAAAAGUACUCGGUAGUACAUUAAAAUUAGUAUUUUUUAGUCUUCAUUACCAGUGAUGCACCG